CAAACAGUCCAAAUUGACCGGCGACCGGCUGCCACAGAUUUCUUCACUAGCAACUUGCCAGCUGUGUUGUGUUUUACAUUUUUACAUUGGCUCACGCGACGUAUGCGUAAUUACGCUGGAAAUUGUCAGUUUGACCAACUGUCCUGGAGUGGCCUACUUUCCAGAGUUCAACUUUUAUUAUUGUGUCAACAAACUCGUCGUGCCGCAAGUUGACUCAGUCUAACCUCGAGCAUGUGUACUCAGGUGCCACCGCUCGCAGUCACCGCAUAGCUGGCUUGCUUUGCAGCUAUUUUUAGGCACAGCAAACGUAACUCUUUGGAUGACUCAACGCAGAGUCUAAGCCGGGUCUACACUCGCGUCGUCGUCAUCGUCAUUGCCAACAGCUGCCCACACUUUGCACACACAGUCGAGAUACUGGGACUUCAUUCGCGGAGAGCUGACUUUAUUUGGAGAUGGCGUCACAAGAGUCAUUUGAACAGCAACAGCCCAUCUCAAGGCUGGCUCUGAUGCGGAUGCGCUUCCAGCAGAAAACGCACGAGGAGAAGGAGCUGCGGCGUCAAGAACUUAGCCUCAGCACAGCUGCUCCCACUGCCGCUGCAGCUGCUGCUCCAAGAGGCGUUUCUUCUCGGCUGGUGGGCAAUGGCAAAGUGCGCCAAAUGUUCGACGAGCGGCGUCGUGGCGCAGGCAUCGAUCGCAGCAAUCCUCUGCGGCCAAUAGGCGACACACGAUCGCAGCCGCAACAACAGCAACAGCAGCAGCAACAGCAACUCAUCAAGGGCAUUUCCACGAUGAGUCUGAAGGAGAAAGCAGUCCACCCAACCACCCAACGACAUGGGACAGUGACUAGUGACAGCAACAACAAUAACAGCAAAUACAAUGCGUCGGGCACGGUGAUUAAUGGGAAUCGCCUCAAGCCUGUAGUUACCCACAAGACGCCGCCCAACAGGGACAACAGGGAGCACCUGCGGUCCAAUGCUACGCCACCCAGCAGCGGUGGAUCUAGGACAACAAUAAGGGUGACCACCAAGACGACGUCAACGCCAACAAAAACGACUCGGCAAGCUGCCGGGCGUGUUGAUGCUCAGGAGAAAGGGCGCCCGACGUCGCCAAAGGCGCGCCAGGUCAACCCCAAAUCUCCAGUUACCAAAAUUCAAAUGAAUCAGCCGCCACCGGAGGGCACCUCGAGUUGCCGUUAUUGCGGCCGGCACUUCAACACCGAUCGCCUGGGCAAGCACGAGGAAGUCUGUCAGCGCACCAUGAACACCAAGCGCAAGAUAUUCGAUGCCUCCAAGCAGCGUGUCAAGGGCACCGACAACGAAAAGUACUCGAAGCAGCAGCAGCGUCAGCGACAGCAGCCGUCGCUGCCUCGUUCCCAGUCCACGUACAGCAGUGCAGCACAGCAGCAGGGACUCAGGACGGGCGUCAAGAAGAGCAACUGGCGCAAGCAGCACGAGGAGUUCAUCCAGGCGAUUCGCGCCGCAAAGCAGGUGCAGGCGCACUUGGCUCGUGGCGGUAAGUUGAGUGAUCUGCCACCUCCGCCGCCGUCGGAGAAUCCUGAUUACAUACAGUGUCCGCACUGUAGCAGGCGAUUCAAUCAGCAGGCUGCCGAGAGGCAUAUUCCACGCUGUGCCACCAUGAUCCACAACAAGCCGCGUCGCAGCAAUCCUCAAGCGGUACCGAAGAAGCGCUAAUUGUGCCUCCCCAAUUUAUUACAUGUGAUAGAACGGAUUUUAUUUGAUGAAAAUAUAUAUAUAUAUAACACAA